GAGAUUGGGGUGGAGGGAAGCGGCGUUCAAUUGCAGCGUUUCCGUAGGGUGUGCAUGCGCCCCUGUUAGCAGCCAGAAGGGAGAAAGAAGGCGUGCCCAGUAUCACCUUGGCUGGCUGAGAUGACUCCAGCUUCCAUUGACGAGUGGAAGACGGACACAAGGCCAUCCUCUCUUACUCGGUUUUGUUUGUUUGUUUGGGGUCUUUGUUGUUGUUUUUUUCUUUUUCAUCUAACAUUUUGGUAUUUUCUUGCCCAAGAAUCAAGUCUUCUGUUUGUUAUCACCUCACCAUUGUAUAACGUAAACCUUGUGUUUAUGGACCAGAAACCCUCUGAGGUCCCGCUUUGCUAGCCAGGAGAAAUGGUCUGGGUUUUUUGUUGUUGUUGUUGUUGUUUGUUUGAAAUUCGACAAUUUUAGGUGCCCAUAUUUUAUUGCUUUCUUUCUUUCUCCCUCCUGCCGUGUGAACAUUGAUUUCUGAGAUUGCCUGACGCUUUCUCAGGACUUUUAAAUUUUUGUGAUGUUUCCUCUGAUUUGGUUUGAAUGAAUACCAACACCAGUAAUGCAGAAUUUUUUAAUCAAGUAAGAUUUUAAGUGUUUUGUUAGAAUAAAAGCAAGCACUACUUUUGUUAUGGGGACAUUUUAUCUUAAUAAUUUCGGUUUGUUUUUUUUAAAGCUUGAAAUGGAUCAUAGUUUUGUGUGGAGUGAAUUGAACUGGGAGCAGAUUUUAAUCAGUGGAAUUUAUAUUCAACUGGGAAAUCGAUGUUGUGGUACACAAAUAAAGGGUAAAAUAUUUUUAUGAAACCAAUCUUCAAUCAAGUGUAACAUUUUGAUGCUCGGCGUCUAGACUCCUUGUGCUGUCACUAUGCCAGCGGCCACUGUAGAUCAUAGCCAAAGAAUCUGUGAAGUUUGGGCUUGUAACCUGGACGACGAGAUGAAGAAAAUCCGUCAAGUUAUCCGAAAAUAUAAUUAUGUUGCUAUGGACACCGAGUUUCCAGGUGUUGUUGCAAGGCCCAUUGGAGAAUUCAGGAGCAAUGCUGACUACCAAUACCAACUACUGCGAUGUAAUGUAGACUUGUUAAAGAUAAUUCAGCUAGGACUGACAUUUAUGAAUGAGCAAGGAGAAUACCCUCCAGGAACUUCAACUUGGCAGUUUAAUUUUAAAUUUAAUUUGACGUAAGUGGGAAAUAAAUAUAUAACCCCAACUUUUUGUUUCUAGUUUAUUUUUAGGAAUUGAGUUUUAAUGUAGUGAAAUUGUAAGUGUAUUUGCUGUAGUUCCUCUGAAAAUUUAUUGCACAGAGAAUUUCAAAAGCUUAAGAUUACUAUGAGGCAAAGAGAAUUGAGAUAAUAAAAACUUCUAAUUGCAAAGA